GUUCUACAGAAGCAACUACUCGCAUCAGUAUGGAAGCACCUAUAGAGAGUCAUCAGGAGACCAAAGAUAUGGUCCAAACCGAAUAUGUUGAAAACACACCAACAUAUGAACGCAAGACUAUGAGCGAAAGACUCCAAUCUCUAAAGCACUCUGUCACCACCAAGGAUGGUUGGCUAGGCGAUUAUGACUAUGGAUUUCUUUGCAUGCCCAGAAUCCCAUUUCUUACAAAAAGAACCAACACCCCUCCAUUUUUUGGCCUGAAUACAAAUCUCCCAAUCUUGUUGGCCAUCUUUUUGGGCUUCCAGCAUUGUCUUGCUAUGGUCAGCGGUGUUGUUACACCCUCCUUGAUUCUUAGUGGCCAAGGUACUGGUAACUUGAAUUUGCCUGAAGACUAUCAGCAGUACAUGAUCAGUUCUGCUUUGAUUGUCACUGCUAUUGGUUCAGCCAUUCAAAUCACUGCUUUUCGAUACCGAGGAUUCCAACUUGGUACUGGUUUACUGAGUGUUGUUGGAACUACUUUUACUAUUAUCCCUCUUGCCCAAUCUGUUUUCGCCAAUAUGUACAAAACCGGUUAUUGCCCUACCUCUACCGCUGCAGACGGAACAGUUACCAAUCUUGCUUGUCCAGCCGGCUAUGGCGCUCUAUUGGGUACCUCCAUGAUAUGUUCAUUGUUGCCAAUGGCUCUCUCGUUCUUGCCUCCCAAGACUUUGAAGAAGAUGUUCCCUCCUAUUGUCACUGGUACCACUGUCUUCCUCAUUGGUCUUUCUCUAGUCACUUCUGGCUUCCAGAGCUGGGGUGGUGGUGCUGGUCCUUGUGUUGCUCGUCCUGACAGUGGUUUCUUCAGCGUCUGCUCCGAACUUGGUGCCCCCAAUGCUGCUCCUUGGGGAGACCCGCGCUGGAUUGGUUUGGGAUUCUUGGUAUACGUUUCUAUUAUCCUCAUUGAAUAUUUCGGAUCUCCUUUCCUCAAGAACAUUCAAGUGGUUGUUGGUUUUGUCAUCGGUAUCAUUGUCGCCGCUGCCACUGGAUACAUUGACCACUCAAAGAUCGAUAGUGCACCUGUCAUUACUUUCCUUUGGGUCAAGACUUUCCCUAUUUCUGUUUAUGGCCCUGCCGUUAUUCCUAUGCUGAUUGUCUAUCUUGUAUCUGUUGUGGAAGCUGUUGGUGACAUUACCGCAUCCUGCGACGCAUCACGUGUCGCUGUUGAAGGACCUGAGUUUGAGAAGAGAAUCAAGGGCGGUAUCUUGGUCGAUGGCAUCAACUCUUUGAUCGCCGCCUGCGCCACCUCUACUCCUCUCGUCACUUUCGCUCAAAACAACGGUGUCAUUGCUCUCACAAGAUGUGCUAAUCGUGCUGCUGGAUAUUGGUGCUGUCUUUUCUUGUUCCUCAUGGGUAUCUUUGGAAAGUUCGCUGGUGUCUUCUUGGCUGUUCCAGAUGCUGUACUUGGUGGUAUGACCACUUUCCUUUUCAGCACUGUUGCCGUUGCUGGUAUUCGUAUUCUCAGCUACUUGAAGUGGACCCGUCGCGAGCGUUUCAUUGUGUCCGCUGCUAUGACCAUCGGCCUUGGCGUCAACCUGGUUCCUGAUUGGUUUAACUAUGUCUUGACUUACUCUGGAAGUAACCUUGCAUUGCGAGGUUUCUUGGAUUCCAUCCAAGUUAUUGUCAGGUAUGCAUAUAUUCUUGUCAUAAUGAUGUGAUAUAAUGCAGAUACUCGACAGCUAACAUUUUUGUGUAAUAGUACUGGAUUCUGCAUUGCUGCCAUCAUUGCUACUCUCUUGAACGCCACUCUUCCGCUUGAUAUUGAUGUUGAAGAAUUGGAGCAUCUCAACGCUGAACACAGCAGUGUAGAUGCCUCAUUGUAAAUUAUGCCCUCUUUUCUUGUACUCUUUUAAUUGUAUUUUUAAAAUGUAAUGAUAUCUGUCGCAUGUUCAAUAUCUUGACUGCGACCCCUCCUUUUUCGCUUACUAUUAGCCAUAAUUAAAAAAAGAUUUAUUUUUUCAAUUCUUAAA